CUAGUAUCUUUCACAAGAGUUGGCCAGUGAAUAAAUGUUUUAAAGGAUUAAUUGGCAUUGAGUCUGGCAGUUGUUGUUAUGCCUAGGGAAUACAGCUGGCGUCCUAUAGAUGGACUCGUAUUAAUUAUCGUAACAAACCAACGGGUGUGGGGGUUUGGCGUGCGUCUUUAUUUAGGUGGACCUGUGUUACCCGUAGUUACUGUACUGUGUACAUAUGUAACUCUCCACACCGAAGAACACACCAAGGACACCAAGGACCAGACAAGGAUGAUCCGCAUCUUACAUCCACAAUAACAAUCUACUUACGAUAUGUUCUGUGCCUUAUGACACGGAGUACGGAGCACAACCUACCACACAGAACAUUUUACAUAGUCCAGUCUAUAAGGACAAGGGCUUGUGCGCCGUUAGACAGCCGUCGUCCUC